UGAAAGAUGUAAACAAAGCGGUGCAUGGUGUAUGGUUCGAUACGUCCAUUCUUUAGUUACAUUAAAGACAUUUUAUUUUGUCUAUUAUUUUCAAGUGAAAUAUUCUUAACUUAAAGUCUUAGCUAUAAAAAUUAUAGUUUUUAUAUUUAUUUAUCCAGCAGUGUUGUCUUUUUGGUAUGCUUUUAUAAUGGAAGCAAAACAUAAAAAAGUCUUUGGUUAUGCUGUAGUGGGAGCUUUUGGAACAGCAGCUGUAGCUCUAAUGGCAGGAUCUAUUCCUUUUGUUAUGCCUGCUUUUCGAAAAAUUUGUCUUCCGUUUGUUCCAGCUACAGAUAAUCAAGUUCGAAAUGUUUUAAGUCUCUUGAGAAAACGGAAAGGAAAUGUCAUCGAUUUAGGUAGUGGCGAUGGAAGAAUUGUUUUAGCUGCUGCCAAAAUGGGCUUUCCUGCAGUUGGAGUAGAACUCAACCCAUGGUUAAUAAUUUAUUCGAAGAUAAAGGCACUAUACCUUGGUUUAAGUGACAAAGCUUCUUUUAAAAGACAAGAUAUUUGGAAGAUGGACUUGAAAAAAUACGAUAAUAUUGUCAUUUUUGGUGUAGAGCAAAUGAUGGCUCAACUAGAAGAAAAAUUAUCUCAAGAACUUAAAAAAGAUGGUUGUGUCAUUGCUUGUAGAUUUCCUCUACCUAACUGGAGUGAAUCAUUAUCAGUUGGAACUGGCAUUGAUACAGUUUGGCUGUAUGAAAAUAAAUCCUCAUAUAAUAGUCAUCGUUCAUUAUGAUGGUCAAAAUCAUUAGUUAUUCCUAUUUAAUUUUAAUAGUUAAUGUUUUAAGACUAUUAUCUCAGUUUUAUAGUCGAG